GCUCACAGAGAGAGCGCCUCGCAGGGAGUCGGCGCCUGAGCGACGCGGGAAGGAGCCACUGCCGAAACCGCCGCCGCCACUGCUGGCCAAGGUGCUGGACACGACAGGCCAGCCGGCCACCUCGUCAGCUCAGGCGCCCGUUGCAGCCGCAGCUGCUUCGCUCCCAGCCCGGUCCCCAUGGAAGAGAUGGAAGAAGAGUUAAAAUGCCCCGUGUGCGGCUCCUUCUAUCGCGAGCCCAUCAUCUUACCCUGCUCUCACAAUAUAUGUCAGGCGUGCGCCCGCAACAUCCUGGUACAGACCCCGGAGUCAGAGUCCCCCCAGAGCCGACGGGCCUCGGGCUCCGGGGUCUCUGAUUAUGAUUAUCUGGAUCUGGACAAGAUGAGCCUGUACAGCGAGGCGGACAGCGGCUAUGGCUCCUACGGGGGGUUCGCCAGCGCCCCUACUACACCGUGCCAGAAGUCCCCCAACGGCGUCCGUGUGUUCCCCCCGGCUAUGCCGCCACCGGCCACCCACCUGUCACCGGCCUUGGCCUCUGUGCCCCGCAACUCCUGUAUCACCUGCCCCCAGUGCCACCGCAGCCUCAUCUUGGAUGACCGGGGUCUCCGCGGCUUCCCCAAGAACCGCGUCCUGGAAGGGGUAAUUGACCGCUACCAGCAGAGCAAAGCGGCUGCCCUUAAAUGCCAGCUCUGCGAGAAGGCACCCAAGGAAGCCACCGUCAUGUGUGAACAGUGCGAUGUCUUCUACUGUGACCCGUGCCGCCUGCGCUGCCACCCGCCCCGGGGUCCUCUGGCCAAGCAUCGCCUGGUACCCCCGGCCCAGGGCCGCGUGAGCCGGCGGCUAAGCCCACGGAAGGUCUCCACCUGCACAGACCACGAGCUGGAGAACCACAGCAUGUACUGCGUGCAGUGCAAGAUGCCCGUGUGCUACCAGUGCUUGGAGGAGGGCAAACACUCCAGCCACGAAGUCAAGGCUCUAGGGGCCAUGUGGAAACUGCACAAGAGCCAGCUCUCCCAGGCGCUGAACGGGCUGUCAGACAGGGCCAAGGAAGCCAAGGAGUUCCUGGUACAGCUGCGCAACAUGGUCCAGCAGAUCCAGGAGAACAGUGUGGAGUUCGAGGCCUGCCUGGUGGCGCAAUGUGAUGCCCUCAUUGAUGCCCUCAACAGGAGGAAAGCCCAGCUGCUUGCCCGUGUCAACAAGGAGCACGAGCACAAGCUAAAGGUGGUUCGAGAUCAGAUCUCUCAUUGCACAGUGAAAUUGCGCCAGACCACGGGUCUCAUGGAGUACUGCCUGGAGGUGAUUAAGGAAAAUGAUCCUAGUGGCUUUUUGCAGAUUUCUGAUGCCCUCAUAAGGAGAGUGCACCUGACUGAGGAUCAGUGGGGGAAAGGCACGCUCACUCCCAGGAUGACCACGGACUUCGACUUGAGCCUGGACAACAGCCCUCUGCUGCAGUCCAUCCACCAGCUCGACUUUGUGCAGAUGAAAGCUUCCCCUCCAGUCCCAGCGACUCCCAUCCUGCAGCUGGAGGACUGCUGCACCCACAACAACAGCGCCACUCUGUCUUGGAAACAGCCGCCUCUGUCCACGGUGCCCGCGGAAGGAUACAUUCUGGAGCUGGAUGACGGCAAUGGCGGUCAGUUCCGGGAAGUAUAUGUUGGAAAGGAGACCAUGUGCACCGUGGAUGGUCUUCACUUCAACAGCACGUACAAUGCUCGCAUCAAGGCCUUCAACAAAACGGGAGUCAGCCAGUACAGCAAGACGCUGGUCCUGCAGACAUCUGAGGUGGCCUGGUUUGCUUUCGACCCUGGCUCGGCACACUCUGACAUCAUCUUCUCCAAUGACAACCUGACUGUGACCUGCAGUAGCUACGAUGACCGCGUGGUGCUGGGGAAGACCGGUUUCUCCAAGGGCGUCCACUACUGGGAGCUGACAGUGGAUCGCUACGACAACCACCCCGACCCUGCCUUUGGCGUGGCUCGCAUCGAUGUGAUGAAGGAUGUGAUGUUAGGAAAGGACGACAAAGCUUGGGCAAUGUAUGUGGACAAUAACCGGAGCUGGUUCAUGCACAACAACUCGCACACCAACAGAACUGAGGGAGGGAUCACAAAGGGGGCCACGAUUGGGGUCCUCCUCGACUUCAAUAGAAAAACCUUGACGUUUUUUAUCAACGACGAACAGCAAGGUCCCAUCGCGUUUGAGAACGUGGAGGGCCUGUUCUUCCCGGCCGUCAGCCUCAACAGGAACGUGCAGGUCACGCUUCACACGGGGCUCCAAGUCCCCGACUUCUACUCCAGCAGAGCAUCAAUAGCCUAAGAAUGUGCCGUGGAGGCGCCAGCUGCCUGUUCUUACCUCCCGCCUGAGAGUGACCACAAGGAGCUCAGCCAGACCUGGAGGGAGAGAGGAGGAGAAACGCUGGUCCUCAUACCCACAACGCCCCCACACACACCCUUCCCCUCCAGCCUCUCUACUGCUGUAAAGCCUGCUUUCUCUUCCAUAGUCAGCAGUUCUAACCAACAGAGGACCUAGACAGCCCACCGUGUCACUUUGUUUCCAAACCCAGAUUUUGCUUUUAAUUACAUUACUUUUUUGUGUAGGUGAGUUAUCUUUUGUUUUUCUUCCGAUCGUGUCAUUGGUGACUUACAAACUGGCACUGCCAAGAGAAAAUUCUCCUAAUAACUUUUUUCUUAAGCUCUCUGUCAAAGAGGUAGGUGGUAGGGAGAGGUAGGGAAGAAUGAGCUGAACUUGGAGCUUGCCAUUUAGAAUGUUCUUGAGUGUUCUUGGCCUGUGACCUCUCAUGCAGUGUUACCUCUGCAUAGCUAGUCUUUUCAGCAAUGAAAACUUUUACUAUCCAGUGAAGCACAAAAAUGAUAGCUAUACAACUGCAUAGAGGUUCAUAGCAGUGUAGGCUCAAAGGACAUCUGGGUCAUUAGGACGGGUCAGAAACCCUGGUCACUGAUUGAAACUGGAAAGUCUCUAAACAUAGGCAGGCCAGGGGACUUCAUGAUUUGGUUCAUUUAUUUAUCACAAGUUUUUAAUUGAGAACCUAUUAUGGACCAGACACUGUUCUAGAUGCUGGAGACACAAUAGUGAAUACACAGGUGUGGUCUCUGCCCUCCUGGAGCUUAUAUUGUCCCAGGAGAACAAACCAAAAAUAAAAUUAUUGCAAACUGUUACUAGCACUAGAAAGGAAGUAAAAAGGGCCAAAGAUGCUCAUUGGCAAGAUCUUUCAGAUCCCCCAGAAUGAUGCUAAAAAUCCAUACAGUCUGGCCAUAGCACCAGAAACAUGCCAACUCAAUGCCUUUCCAACUGUGCUAUUUUAAUUAUGGUACCUGCUGCCAUUCAUCACAAAGCCCUUCUUUACUAGAAAUGAUGUCAGCAUUCUUAUUUGUUAAUGCUGCAGUGAUACUAAGCCUUAAAAACUUAAUGUGAAAAAAAAAAAAGUAACAACCAGAAGGAGGAGCUCUCAUUCUCUGUAAUGGGGGAUCUUAAAUUGCAGAUCACAGCAUUCCAUUCUCAGGAUUAAUGCGCUUGUCUCCGUUUAGACUCACUUUCUGUGCCUGUCACAGGUGAACUGUCCAUCCGCUCAGCUGCCAUCACAACCCACCUUUCUGGACUAGUUCAAUUAAUGUUUGGAAGGAAAAUGAAAUUGUAGGUCACUGCUCUGCUCUUAACAGAGAUAAUAGCAAAAUAGCAGAAUAAUAAACUUAUUACUUCCAUGUAGAGAUAGACCUAUAUAAGUAAGCUUCCUUUCAGAUUCUUUUGUUUGACAUGAAGUUUUAGAAAAUGUUGGACCUUGAAAGAAGUUCUGGUUAGUUGUCUAAAUAUUUGCCAGGGAGUCAAGAAAUUCACCAAGAAAAAAAGAAAAAAGUAACAAAAGAAAAGCAGUAGGAUUGGAAAGCUAGCAAAUUAAAGUUUGGGCAAAAAGUAAUAUGUGUAAAUAGCUAAUAGUUUACUUUUGUGCUUUAUUUAGAUUAUUUCUAUCUGCUGUGGUGUUUUUCUAAUUAAGUGUACCUAAUUUAUUGAAUGGGUGCUAUCCUGUUUGUGUCCACCUUGGUUUUUCUUGGCUACAGAACCACUCUGUUGCAGGCCAACACUCAUAUGAUAUUUGAUUUACUCUCCAAUGAGACUUGAUGGCUGGGCCGCUGUAGACUCAUAGUUACUCUUGUUCUUUAUUAAAUUCAUCCUGCUAAUUAGAUUUCUAGUGACUGGUAACACAUAGUUUACACAGAAUUGCAAUUAUAGAUACAUAGAGCUCCUGUACUAGAAAAAAAAUGGAUAUUUCUGGUGUACCAAUAAAUGAUUUUUAUGAGAGAACAUUUUAUGUCUCUUUAGAAUAUCAUAGUUUUUUUGCCUAUUUGGGAUGACAGUUCGCCUUUGUCAGAGCAAUAUUUCUUCAGCAAAGUGUCAUUGGAAGGUCCCCCAGGACUGGGGAAAGCACAUGUACUUCAUCCCAUCUCC